ACUUACAAUAUAAAUUACUUCUUGUACAAUUAUGUGCAAUUAUUACUAAUGUAAAUUUUUUAACUAUGUAUAAUUAGAUUUUUUGACAAGUAUUUUUAUAAUUCACCAUUUAUCAGAGAAGUUAUAUAGAGCAAAAUUGAUUAAGAUAGAUUGAAUUAUUAAUAUGAAUCACAAUAUUCAAAUUGUCGUUUAUUGCAAACAACCGACGAAUAACAUAAAAAUUAUUUUAUACAACAACAUAUUAUAAAACAUUUUGUUUUUAAUAUGUUGUUGUGUAUGAAAUGAAAUUAUGAACAUUUUUGUUCAUAAGGUUGAAAUUAAAUUAUGAACAUUUUUGUUUGUAAUAUCAAUUUGAACUCGCCCUGUUUAAAUAACUUUGAGAUGUAAGUCAUCAAAUUUGUAUAGAAACGCAAUUGUAAUACGUAUUAUAUUAUUGAAAAAAUUCUUUUUAUUAUUACAUAGACCAAUCAUGAAAAGAAAGAUAGAUUUGAAUGCGUUAAUAGUUUCCUUGUUUUUGUAAUGUAACAUUUUAUUAAUAAUAUCUUACUCUGAUAUGUUAGUUAAAAUUAUGAGAUUCUAAUAUAGAAUCAUGCGUAAUACAUUCCCCCUCCACGCGAUUCUAUCUGCGACGUAGAUAAGAGAAGUACGGCUUGUGCCAUAGCAAUUGACCGUUGUUACCCGACGCGUAAAGACGGGCAUUUUAACAGCGUCAUAGAGAUACACAAAUAAUAGUUUCAUCUAGUAAAGUGCAUUACAUUUUGUCGUGAAUUUAGUUACGUCAAGUAAACACGAAUAUCAACAUGAUAUUUAUAAUCGUAUUGUCGGUAAUAGUGGGCACCUUAGGCCUCUACUAUUUUCUCUUCAAGGACUUAAAUUAUUUCAAGAAACAUGGAGUACCGUAUGUGAAGCCUUUUCCCAUAGUAGGCAGUAUGGGACCAAUGCUGCUUCGUACCAAAUCAUUAGCCGAUUUCAUUAAAUCGGUGUAUAAUUUAUAUCCUGAUGCUAAAUACAUCGGUUUGUAUGAUGCGAAGACUCCACUCAUAAUGCUUCGCGAUCUUGAGCUUAUUAAAUCCGUGACGUUAAAACAUUUUGAUAUGUUCACGGAUCAUUUAAAUGGCGUCGACGAAAAUCAAGAUAAAAUUUUUGGCAAAAAUCUCGCCGCUCUUCGCGGAGAAAGAUGGCGUGAAGUGCGAUCCAUAUUGAGUCCGGCUUUCACGUCCAGCAAAAUGAAAAGCAUGUUUAGAUUGAUGUCGAAUUGCGGUGUUGAUUUCGCCAGUUACGUAGCACAAUUGCCAUCGGAGAAGAAAACAAUGGACAUGAAAGACACCUUUACGAGGUAUACAAAUGACGUAAUCGCCACCUGUGCCUUUGGAAUUUAGGUAGAUUCUAUGAGAAAUCCGAAAAAUGAUUUCUUUGUGUACGGCACAGAGGCAACCAAUUUUAGCGGUUUUAUUCUUUUUAAAUUCUUAAUAAUUAGAAAAUUUCCUCAAUUAGCACGAAUACUUAGACUAAAAUUAUUUCCUGAAAAAAUAGAGAAUUUUUUCCGUGAUCUUAUAAAAACCACUGUAAAAACUAGAGAUGAAAAUGGUAUCGUUCGUCCAGACAUGUUACAAUUGAUGAUGGAGAGUAGAGGUAAAGAUAGUAAAGCAGAAUUGGAUUUCGACGAAAUGGUGGCACAGGCGUUAAUUUUCUUCUUUGGAGGCUUUGAGAGUACUUCAACGUUAAUGUGCUUUGCCGCUCACGAAAUCGCGAUGAAUCCAGACAUACAAAAGAGACUUCAAAAUGAAAUAGAUCAGGUCAUGGAAAAUACAAAUGGACAAGCAUCUUACGAGGCUAUUAACGGCAUGGAGUAUCUAGAUGCUAUAAUCAACGAAGCGUUGAGAAUGUAUCCAGUUGGUGCAAUAUUGGACAGAUUAUGCUUAAAAGACUUCGAACUACCGCCGGCAUUACCAGAAACAAAACCUUUUAUUAUAAAGGAAGGACACGGUAUAUGGAUACCAGUUUAUGCACUUCAUCAUGAUCCUAAAUACUUCAAUGAUCCGGAGAAGUUUGAUCCCGAGCGAUUUCUUGGUGAACGGAAGAAAGAGAGUCUUAACUGUGGUGCGUAUCUUCCUUUCGGUCUUGGUCCUAGAAUGUGCAUAGGUAACAGAUUUGCAUUGCUGGAGACAAAGGUUUUACUUUUUCAAUUGCUGGCACGUUGUGAUCUGAAAUCUUGCGAGAAGACAUCACCAGAGCCGGUCAAGUUCGCUAAGGAUGGUUUUAGUUUAAAACCUGAAGGUGGUUUCUGGUUAAAUAUAAUACCAAGGAAAAACAUGCAUCAGUCUAUUACACCCAAUGCUAUUAACGGAGUAUCCUAGAUGCAAGGAUAAUUAAUAUUUUUAAUUAAUGUUAAUUAAUAAAAAAUUGAUUAAAAUUUUUAUAUAUUAUGCAAUAAACUUUUACAUAACUACAAUUCUAGGAAAACAUAUGUUGUUACAUACAUUAUACAAAAUUUUAAUAUAUAUAUAUGUAUAUAUAAAUAUAUACUACAAGGUAUUUAUCUAUGAAACUGAACAAUGUGUUUUUAUAUAAUUUGGUUAAAUACAUUUUUAAAAGUAUAUUUAAACAAUUAAAUUAAAAAGUAAAUAAAUGUUCAAGUAAAAAAUUUUUAUGUGUUUAAUAUAUGUUAGUUUUUAUAUGUCAUAAUAGUUUUAAGUAACACAUGUUAUUAGAGGUUUUUUGUUUGGAAAAGAAACGAAACUAGAGGUAUAUUUAUAUAUUUUAUACAGAAUUAGAAUUUAUAUACCAUGUUUCAUAUAUUUUAAUCCGUUUUUUAAUAUAUUUCAUUGAAAGUAUGUUGUAGCUUAACGUAUGGCAGAAAUAAAAGAAAAAAUUAAUAAAUCUAUUUAAGAUAAUAUAUAAUUUAUCAAAUAUUUUAAUAAAAUAACCAGAUAAAUUUAAUUAUUCAAAUUUUUGUUAAAGUAAUCAUAAAGUUAAUUUUAGGCACUCUAAUUACAACUAAAUUUUGAAAAAGUCUGGUUGCAUUAAUCAGAUAUCUCGCAAAUUCAAUUCGUAAAUUCCCUAAAAAUGAUUAGAAUUCUUAUAGAAUUUAUCAAAUUGUUAAAUUAAUUUUUGUAUAGAACUGUGCCUUAUACCGUGCACGAACGCACGCGUCAAAGAUUUGCUUUUGUCUUUGAAUCCAAUUUUGGGGGCUCUAAAAACAAAGCAUUUUAAUAGAAUAUCACUAAAAAAUCAAGAAAAUUUUAAUUCUGUAUAUCAAAAAUUUUGUGAAUUCAUUUAGAAAGUGUUAACUAAAUUUUUAGAAUUAUCGUAUCUGUAUAACCAUAACUGUCUUCUUCCUUGUUGAGUUUACAUGCUUAAAUAAUGUAUAUAACAUAAUAAUGUAUGUGCGAAUAUCUUAAUUAUCUCAAUUUUGUGUUUAUAUCAAUUAAUUUUAUUUGUAGUUUGUAGGUAUUGGAAUGUGUGCAGCACAAUCAAAUAUAUUCUGAAAUAAUAAUUUAUACUUAUAUUUUAAUAUAAAGUAUGUAAUAUUAUUCUUUAAAUAAAGUAUAAUUGCACAAAAAUGUACAUGUCAAUGUGUAAGAAAAAUAGAUUGUUGAGCCACAUACAUAAAAUUCAUUUUUUUUUUAAUGUAGCAGAAAGAGAGAAAGAGAGAAAGAGAGAGAGAGAACUACAUCUUAUCAUAUUUCUUAGAUUUAUUUUAUAUAUUACCAAAAUUCCAAAAAUUAUAAAACCAUAUUACGUUCCAGAUCAUGACGUAAUGGCCGGUUCAUAAUUGAAACUUAUAUUCAAGAUCAUCUUAAAUACUGUCUUAUAAUAUCACUAAUCAAUCACAAAGUUGUACCAGUAUUUUGAGAUAUUACUUAAGACAGUCUUAAAAUAAAAAUUGACUAUGAAUGCCGUAAAAAUAUUAAGAGUCAUCUAAUAAAUUGUACAUUAUUUCUUCAUCAGUUUUACUGCAUUGUGUAGUUAUCAACAUAUAAUUAACAUACGUAAUUGUUUUGUCAAUGAUACAAGGUAUCCUACUUUCUAAAGUACAAUAAAAAAAUCAGUGAAGUCAGUAAAAAUAUACUAAUUUUCAGUGUAUCACUUAUCAAUUAUAAAAUAUCAAAAUAUCAAAUAAAUACACUAACUUUUUAGUAAUAAUACACUAGUAAUUGAAGUUGAAAUUACUAAAAAACGAUAAAUAAUUAUCACAGUUAUAAGUAUCAAUGAUAAUACACUGAUAAUUAUUUCGAGAGUUUGUUGUCUUCUCUUCAAAGAUUUCAAUAACUUUAAGAAACAUAUUCCGCUUAUAAUGUCGCUUUCUAUUGUAGGCAAUCUUGAAUCGAUGAUCAUUCAUCGUGAAUCUAUUAGCUUGUCAAGUCAAUGUAUAACAUAUUGACAGGUUCUUUGACAGGAAAUGAUCAAACUACUUGUAUUUAUGAUUCGCGUGUUUCCGAGCUUUUUAAAUUUAUAACGUUAAAAUAUUUCAACAUAUUCAUGGAUCGUUGUAAUUACACCGAAAAUAAAGUUCUAUUUUAACGAAAAUCCUCGUCGUUCUUUGCGGAAACAGCGAGAAAAGCUAUAAUAAAUCUGGUUUUCACGUUCACUAAAAUGAAAAGUAUGUUUAAGCUGAUAUCGGGUUGCAGUGUCGACUUCGUCAAUUACUUGGCGCAAUUGCCACCGGAAGAGAGGAUAAUGAAAAUGAAUGAUCUUUGAGAUACACAAACGAUGUAAUCGCUACAUGCACUUUUGAUAUUAUAAUGUUUUAUAAAAAAUCCGUGGAACAGUAUUUUAUGAAAAAUCCAUAAAACGAAGUCUAUAUGUUCUUUUGAAAUUCAACAUAUUUAAAAGAAUACCUUGGUUAGCG